AUGAGGGUCCUGGUGGUCUUGGCGACUUUGCUGGCUGUGGCAUUUGCCACCGAUACCUUUGAUGGACAUCAGGUGCUCAGAAUCACGGCUGCUGAUGAAGCUCAGGUGGCGACGUUGAAGGAGCUGGAGGCUUUGGAGAAUCUUCAGCUGGAUUUCUGGCGAGCACCGACUCAUCCCGACCUCCCCAUAGAUGUCCGUGUGCCGUUCCCCAGCCUUCAAGGGGUCAAGGUCUUCUUGGAGUCCAAUGACAUCCAAUACUCCAUCAUGAUCAACAACGUUCAGAAACUGAUCGAUGAGGAGAGGAGUCACAUGACACGCCAACGUCAACUCCAAGAAUUGUCCCUCACCAAUUUUAACUUCGCUGUUUACCACGACUUGGAUACAAUCUACAGCUUCAUGGACCUCUUGGUGCGGGCGAAACCCCUCCUGGUCAGCAAAAUGGAGAUUGGCCAGACAACUGAAGGACGUCCAAUCCAUGUCUUGAAGUUUAGCACCGGGGGAACCAACCGGCCCGCGAUCUGGAUUGACACCGGCAUCCAUUCCCGCGAGUGGGUCACUCAAGCCAGCGGAGUGUGGUUUGCAAAGAAGAUCUUUGAAGAUCACGGGAAGGAUCCUUCUCUCACGUCCAUCCUGAACCAGUUCGAUAUCUUCUUAGAGAUCGUCACCAAUCCAGAUGGUUACGUCUUCACACACACCAAGAACCGUAUGUGGCGUAAGACCAGAUCGAAGCGAGAGGGGUCAACUUGCAUCGGAGUCGACCCCAACCGGAAUUGGGCAGCAGGCUUUGGAGGACCUGGCGCCAGUGGGAAUCCUUGCUCGGAGACCUACCGUGGACCGUAUGCGGCGUCCGAACCAGAAGUGAAGGCCAUUGUGGAUUUUGUGCAGCAACACAGCAACAUCAAGGCGUUCAUCUCCAUCCACAGUUACUCCCAGAUGCUCCUCUACCCUUACGGUUACACCAAGGAGCAAGCGGCAGAUCACCUGGAACUGGAUGCUCUGGCUAAGAAGGCCGUCGCGGCUCUGGAGUCUCUCCACGGAACCAAAUACCGAUACGGUAGCAUCAUCUCCACCAUCUACCAAGCAAGCGGAGGCACGGUUGACUGGACCUACGACCAAGGCAUUAAAUACUCCUACACCUUUGAGUUGAGAGACAAGGGCCGAUACGGGUUCCUGCUCCCGGCUAACCAGAUCAUCCCCACGGCAGAGGAGACCUGGCUUGCCCUGAUGGUCAUCAUGGAGCACACGCGGGACCACCCCUACUAAGCCGGAGGGGCUGGGCUUACGGCGACGGCCUUGCCCCAGGCCCCAUUGGCCCUCAGCCCGCAUUUGGGAUUCACUCAGGGGCGUCUGAUUCUUACGAAUGACCCCUUGGCACAUCAUUGGCUCGUAAUGCAUUUGUUGCAAUUGUAGGGUGGCAGAAUCUAGAGGUGGGGUCAAAGGAGGGAUCAGCCUAGAAUCCCUAUGUAGUCACAAGCGAAUUAAAUUUAACUUCCCUUGAAUGUCACUGGCCCUUAGAUCCAACUCCUAGCAGGUGCCGAUAGGCGAGAAGGUUCCUAUGCAUCGGGUUUUCAGCAAUAAAGCAGUUUUAAUUGGACCAUGGCUUAUGGACCUGGGUUUUUUGUGUGUGUGCCUGACACUUUUUGAACUAAGCUAGUCCAAGCGACGGGAGAUAAAGGUUAUUAAAUCCUUUUCUGAAGUACUCGAACAAAUUCUAGUUUUGGGAUUUCAGUAGAAUA